AUGGAGGAGACGAAGAAUCAACAAAUGACGAAGAAAGUGCGGUUUGACUUAAAAGACGAAAUUUUUCUCAUUCCAAGCAAGUGGGAUCGUCUUAGCAAAUGCAAAACUGCCCGCACUAAAGUCAUCGAUGAGAUAACGCCAAAUCAGAGGUCUCGCACUGUUGUUGAGCGACGAAGUAAGAAGAAACAGAACGGGUAUAGGAAAAUACCAAACUUUGAUUCAAUGGCCAAAGGAAAGAUUGUUUUGGCCUCGGAAACAAAUUGUACUGUUUCGGACAAUUCUCUGAGAAAUACUUCUCCGAGCAAAAGUGGAAGCAGUUUGAAGAAAACUCAUUCGCGUCAGAAACUCGAAGGAUACGGCAAUGCGCCCUAUAGUGGAACUUCUACGUCUCCUGUUGAAGCCAAAUUAAAAUUUUAUCAUCGGCCUCCGACCGAACUACCGAGACUUGAUCUCGGCGUUUUGCCGAAGAUUCCUUACACGCCUGACCUCAAAAAAGCGAUCGAGAAAGCGCUUCAAAGGUCCCGUAGUAAAUCUGCAACCGACAGUGAACUAAACAGUGGAGCCUCCGUCAUACAGGAAAAGAAACACGAUCUUCUAAAAAUUAUUCCCACUGAAAAAGCUGAAAAAGUUUUGCAAAGACGACUUUCAGACAGUUCGGUCAUCAUUGGGGAUGAAAAACCGACUGAAGAUAAGCCAAGUUGUGAUGAAGGUAUCUCUAAAUUUAGCGAGUUAUCCUCGAUCAACCUGGACGGUUGGAGCCCUUUUAAUGCCUGGACGGCAAAAGACAGUACCGUUCGAUCAAAUCGAACGCCUCCUAUAAGACGAGGACGAUCUAUGUCUUCACUGAUUCCUAACAGCAUUCUUUAUUAGUAUGGCGCAAAGUUUUGGAAAACUUUUCUCGGAAUAGCAUUCGUGUCCCUAACGUGUUUAUAUGAUAAAGACACAGAAAAGCCUUUGUCUGUAUUCAUGUUCAUUGUUCAGGACAAGCCAAGGCCUUGCUUCUUCACGACAUUAAAUAGCUCACAGCGUUUCGUCAAAAAAGAUACUUUCAAAAAGUGGUAGUAGGUAUAUAUUUACACUAUAGUUAUAGUCAUAGAAAGAGCAGAGUCAUUAUUAUUUAUUUGUUUCUUUUUAGGAGGAUAGCCUAAAACACCACGCACCCAUUCUGAUAUAGUAUGACGUCUGACGUCAAGUAUGACGCAUAUCAAUAGGUAAAUGCUCGGAAUGAUGGAUGGUUUCUGUGAAUUAAAAUCACAGUUGUCCAAUUAUAUAGGCUUAUCCAAAUUAUAUUCGGUAUUUUUUGGAGUAAUUUUUGUGAUUCUGAGCAUUACUUGGUAAAAGAUCAACUUAUUAUAACUUUGCCUGCCCAAAGUUUAGCAACUAUAGGCCAUUUUUUGAACCAAGAACUAGUGCAAGUAACGAACGAUACUUCGAAUCGAACUUUCAGAUUUUGGCAGGAAUAUUUUCAGCAAAUUUUAUGUAUUUUUAGGAGAAACUUUAAUUUGCGCACAUCAAAAGUUGUUAGUCCUACCCAUAACGGAAUCUAUGCAUCGAUUACUUCAUCUAAAACCUCAGUGUUUUUUUUAUAAGGCAUCCACUUUAUUAGGCAACCAAACUACAGAGAAUAGACAUAUUUAGAUUUAUUUAUUAUUGUUUAAAAUUUAAGCGCUUAAUACAGUAGUUUUUUGCUGCUGAUACGGUUGUUACCGCGAAGCGGUAUGGAAGAAGUUGUCAGUAAAUAUAGCCUGUUCCAGGCUCUUAAAUAGUAGAGCUGUUGCGAAAACGUUCCCUCGCAAACAUCAGCCCGGACGCCUUUCACUAGUAAUCAUGAGCGUUGCACAUAUUAUCUUGGAGCCUGGAACAUACCAAUUAAAAAGUUAAAAUGACGUUCUGUUUUUGAAAAAAAAAAAAAAUACAAAUUGAUUAUCGAAAAUAUAUGACCUAUGAUUUAGACCCGUGAAAAAAUAUAAAACAUAAAUUAUUAUUUUAUGCUCUUUCACUGAUCCUGCAUUUGAUUGUGUGUAAAAAUGUUCAUUUAAAGUAUGUUUUGAAACUGAGUCAUUUCAAGCAUUAAUGAUCUACAAUCUACGGGUGUAAGAGAUAGUGAGAUAAAAUGAGAAACGUGAAACUGAUAGUAAAAAUUUUUAAAUUCACAGUGAGUGGUGUGGUGCCCAUUAUUAUCCUUAAAAGAGAUAUAGUCCGCGCAAAUCUUACAUGAGUCGACGCUGGUGACCAGCGGAGCCCGCGGUGCGGUCAGUGACUGGUUGCUAUGACAAAGUUGACUCACUCACUGAACAAAAAGACUCUAGUAGCACUAGAAGAUUCUGUGACGUAGAUAAAUGUUCUUGGCGCAAUUCUGUAAUCAUAAUGUAAUGUUGUGUACUACCAUCGUGUUGCGUGUGUAUGCUUCUAAAGAGAUACAUCUUCUGUUCCGGCCAAUCAGUCGCUCUUUCACUAUACUCAGUCUGGCCUCUUCUGUUUAUCUGUUAUCUCCAAUAAGGCCAUUUUCUUGUAGGCCCCCAGUCUGAGGAGAAAAUGCCCUCAUCUGUCACGAUUAACCUCUAUAACGCGACACCUUUGUAAUGCUUACACCAGAAAAGGCGUUUAACCUCUUUUUAGGCGCGCGCGAAGGCGAGCGCUGAUGUAGGCUGUAAUCCUUGUCCUUUUGGUGUCCAUAAUGGUAGAAUCAAUAUAUGUGGCCGGCGAGCACUGUAUUUUAGCAGGAAGGAGAUAACAAUAGCCUGUUCAAAGGUCCACUUUGACUGUGUACUAACCCAGUUCCCCACCUCCCCCUCGUUGUAAAAUGGCCGGCGAGCACUGUAGUGUAGCAGGAAAGAGAUAUCAAAGAGAUCCCUUAACUGUGUACUACCCCCCCCCCCCCCCACGUUAUAAAAAGUUAACUAAGCAUUGAUAUGGUACUCGAGUAGAUGACGCCGUUCAAGUGUAAAGUGUGGUUUGCGCGUGCCUAAUAACGAUGCCGGGGGGAGAAAGAAGUGCGCUAGCAGCGCGGAAAAGUAUUGAAUGGUUUAAUGGUGACUUAUAAGUCGGCAAUAUGAAAUAUUCUUUAAUUUACUCGAUGUUAAGUAAAGAGAUUCAGUGACAUCUCACGUCUGGCUGUUAAGCUGUCGCUAUAACCUAGUGUGUUGGUUUCAUUUCUCCUCGUGCCGUAAGGUUUCCUAUGGUUUAAAUUAAAUUUGAGCGAAGGAAAAAGAAUGCAUAUUUUGAACCUUUUUGCUUGUAAAAGGUUAAGACUUGUUAAGAAGAAAAUUUAAGGCGAUAACUGUUUUUUGCUUUAAACUACAAAUGAUCUUCACUGGAUUUGCGCUUUUAUAAGUAGGUAAAAAUAACUUGUACGCAGCGGCGUUAUUAAGGCUUUUACGAUUACAGAAGUAAGAGUAUUUCGUUAAUAUUUCUUAAAGUUUUCAGCUGUUGACUGAACAUGACGCUCGGAAUUAAGAUUUGGCUUGUGAUUGUUCAGCGAGCUUAGUAAAUCUUAAAGGAACCCAGUGUUUAUUUUGACAAGUUUGUUUUAGUACGCGAUAAUUACAAACUACCAAAAGAAAGCUUUGUUUUUCAAAAAAGGGCCACAAUUAAUAACGAAGAAUUUAGUUGAGGUUAAUUGACUUCAAAUGAGCCCCAGAAGAGUUGACGCGAUUUUUAAGCCAUGAAUUUCGAAGUGAAGUUCAGAUAAUUUUGAGACGAUGGUUUCUGCAGUGACAGUAACUUGGAGAAGUCAAGAUGGUGAUGUAGUCAAGCAAUGACUCAAAAGUGUUUCUGGGUAUUGGCGUGGCGCAAAGGAAAGCCUAUUUAUUUCUAACGUUCUUUUGUUUGGGAGCCUUUUUAAUUAAAACUUGGGAAAAAAGAUGUGCUCAAAGCGUAUUUUGUUGAGUGCAAAAUUUCGCUAUAAUUUAACCUUUCCAAUAUUAGCGGCAACCGUAUUGACCGGUCGAGAAAUAAGUUAAGUAUUGCCCUCUGCAUAGCGAGUUAUUCAGUAACGAUUAGCGCGUUGUGUAACAGAUGAGAGACAAAACCACUUGACGCUUCACCUGCUUUGGUGGGAAGUACUUGCGCAAGUAGCACAUUAACAGUAAAUUCAUGGCAAUUAUACGAAAAGAUAUCGGGAUGUCACGUCUACCUACUGUAUAUACUUGUCGUCAUAACUCUCGAGUGCCUUAACUCCAAAGACGCAAAGUUCUGGCGGCGAAAAAUGGAAGUGUAAAGACAAGAGUUACGUCUAGACUUUACAAGAAGAACGUGCUUUUGAACGAGAGAUUUGUAUCUUCAGAAGAGGUAUAUAAAAUCUUUUACUCUUCUAGAUCAAUUCAUAUUAGCCCGCUGCUUUAAGACGUAGAAAAGGAUCAUUUGACUGAAACAGUGAAAGCUGACGCGACUGGCUUCUGAACCAGAAAGUGUCAGUACUUUAACAGGAUAAAACCAUCUUUAGUCUAUAUAAUCAUCUUAAUUCCAUUCCUUCUUUAAAAAUAUUUGUCCAGUGCAACCGGCAUUUUGAAGAACAGUAUAGAGCAAAUCUACUUACUACCUUUUUCGGAUUUGUCCAGGACGCGACACAUGAACAAGAUCAACCGGUGUAAAAGACUGGUCAAAUUUUAACUGUGUACAUUGUCAAGGUUUGCUGGCUGAAAGCAGUUUAAAGGUGAAAACUCCAGCAAAUUAAAUUAAUUGAUGCCGGACAAAACUUGGUUGAAGAAACUGCCGUAAGGAGGGCUUAAAUUUCGUCAAGUUAUGGGAGAAAUCAAGGAAGAUUGUGAUGAAAUUUUGACAGACAGCAAUCAGUCUUCUUUGAGAACAGUCUUAGUAACCUUCCGCAUUGAAAAACCCUCGGCUAAACAUAUAAAACGAGUUCGCUUUAACAGCUUGGUCGAGGUGAAAUUUAUUCCCCGGCGCCGUAAGAGGGAAAAAAGGAAACUGUACGAGAUUGAUUUAAAAGAAGGGGAAAAAACAAGUAACGAGGAUAUCGUCAUUAAGGGUACUAAUACGUCAGAAAAAUCUGAACAUGAAGAAAACGAUGCGGGUGUUAAGGAUGCAGUGAGCGUUUCUGGGCAUAAUGUCACCAUGACAGCAAAUGAGGCAGCUUCCUUCAAUAGCCAAAAAGCAGCGGAUCUAGGAAUCGACGAAAAAUGUCAAGAAAAUAAAGACAACAUUGACGACACAUCAAACAAGUCGUCUGAAUCAUUUUUGGAGAGUGGUUCAGUCACGACUAGAAACAAUCAAAACGAGGGCGUGGAUGAGUGUAGCAGUACAGAAACCACGGCGCUCCCUGGAGAGCUAACCAAAUCGAAAGUCGCGGCUCGCAAGAGCUACAAUGCAAGUACGAUUAUGCUUGGGGCAGAUUACGUAGGCAAUGCUCUUCGCUUGAAUCCAACAACAUUCCCCGUGUCACCAGCAAUCCAGUUUAGUGAAUUUCCUGUUAGAAAUUCUAAGAAUCAAAACUUCCACGAGCUCGCCCCCAAAGCAGUUUGGCGUCUGGAAAAACAAGCCGCAAAAUUUUGCAAGGAAGCUGAGGCGCUUAUCACUCAAGUAACAGAAAAAACCGCGCGCAUUCAGUCGAAACUAAAAGAACAACCAGACACAGUUGUUUUCGGAAGGGAUUACAAACGGACCUUUUUAAAUGAAUUCACUAGAAAGUCAAAUGCUACAUCGCAUGGAAAAACUCUUGCCCAAAAUGCACUUUACAGUGGUAAGCAUAACAAGGGUUCAGAUCCAAGUAGUAAAAGAGUCACGAGGUUUCCAUAUAUCAAGAACAAGAAACAACCGAACGUCGCGAACUUGCCCAGGGCUUCGUCCGAACUUUCCCUACCUCAGCUCCAGAUGCAUGAUGGG